GGCGCGCGCCCCUGUGUUUGUGCGCGGGCCCGGGCGCGGGUGGCCGAGAGCCCCGAUUUGAGCCGCGCGGAUCCCGUGCUGCCGCCUGGGCGCCCGUGUCUUGGUCUGGGGUGGGCGCCACGGGCCGCGUCCGCGUUCUUCCUGCGCCUUUGGGCCCCAUUUCCCCCUGUCGUGCGUGGGAGCUGCUCUCGGGCGGCUCCUGGGAGCCGGUGGGCUUGGGACAGUGGGAGUGAUUUCAGGGUAAGGGAGGCCCAGAGGCAGCAGACCCGGGAGGAGACUUGAGGGCAGAACCUGAAGCUAGACUCAGCUGCCCAAGGCCAAGGCCAGAUGCGGCGGAACAUCCCUUGCCCGAAUGAGCUCGGUUCCGUUGUGGCUCCAUCCCCCACCUGGCUCCUUGACCUUGGAUAGUUCACUUUCGUUUCUGGGUCUUAAUUUUCUCAUGUGGAAAGUGGAGAGCUUGGAGCCAUUGUCUCUCAAGGCUUUUCCACCCCAAAACUUCUGUGACAGACCCUCUGUGGUCCCUUGUUGGGACUUUCCAGUUUAACAAAACAAAACCUGACUUGUGAAAACCGUAGGAUUCCCCCUCUCCCCCCAGCCCACACGAAGGCACACGCGCACACCCCUCAGUGAGGCACAGGGCCUCCUGGGGAAGCUGGGCACUCAGUGUCUGCAGAAAUGGAGACCUUUGCUCAGCGGGACUUUUAGGAUAUCUUCCUUUGCACAGGCUUGCCACUCAGCUCAAAAAGAUGGAUAACUGGAAGGUCUGGUUAAGUGGAAUCAACAGUGGGAGUUAAGGAAGCUGGGGAGUGGAUGACCAGUUAGUUGCAGGAACCUCAGGGCUCUGACUCCACCCUGGUGCAUCUCCCUCCCUCCUUUGCCCCCUAGGGCUAGUGCAGGGCUGAGUGGGGUGGCAGGUCAGGACACACUGAUGGGUGAUGGGUCAGCACCUGCCCUUGGCCAGUCUUGCCAACACCCCUCCUGCCCUCUGCAGCCUCCAGGUUGGAUGAGGGGCUGCAGGGUGAGUGCAGAGGCUGCCCUGAUUGGGCCCAUCCUGGCCUCUGGUUUGUACCUCUCCCUGCUUGGUAGCCCCUUCUCUUGCUCUACCUUUACCAAGCCAGGAGCCUCUUUCCCUGCUCCAAGAAGCCUCCUGAAGAACUCUUCCCUCAUUCCAAGGUGCUGCCGGCUCCCUCUCACUGCCUUCUUUGGUCAUUGUCUGUUUGUUAUUUCUCUUUCUCUGAGUUUCUCUUUCCCACCAGAUGGUGGUACCCAGCAGGGAGGGCUGAACAGGGACUUAAGAUUUUAUUUCUGGUUUUAUAGUUUAGAAAGCACAGGGCCUGGCCCUAGAAGGUUCUUAGGGAGUGUCUGUGGAGUAAAAAUAAUGAUUGCUAUAUUCCUUUUUGCCCCGUGCUGCUCUCGAGUGAUUUAAGUAUGAAUUCUUUAAGCCUCACAACAGCUUCGUUACAUUAUUCCCAUUUACAUGUGUGGAAACUGAGGCAGAUACAAGUCACUUGCUCCAGGUCGUACACGUGAGAAGUGGCAGGACUGUGCAGGUUGCUUUUAUCCAUUACGCUAAAUGGCCUUCAGGCAGGCGAAGCUGAGCUGGCUGCUUCAGGAUGCACCACAGCUCUGAGAAGAGGAAGCAGAAGUCCUGCUGGUUCUGCUAUGGCGUGUGAACCACAGAUGGACCCCGGCGGGGCGGCCGGCCCCUUGCCCACCUCCUCCCCUGGGUGGAGCGCCCUGCCUGGCGGGAGCCCUCCUGGCUGGGGGCAAGAGCUCCACAAUGGCCAGGUCCUCAGCGUUCUCCGGAUUGACAAUCCCUGUGCACCCAUCUCCUUCGAUCUGGGAGCCGCCGAAGAACAACUGCAGACCUGGGGCAUUCAGGUCCCGGCUGAGCAGUACAGGAGCCUGGCUGAGAGUGCCCUCCUGGAGCCCCAAGUGAGAAGAUACAUCAUCUACAACUCGAGGCCUAUGCGGCUGGCCUUCGCUGUGGUGUUCUACGUGGUGGUUUGGGCCAACAUCUACUCCACCAGCCAGAUGUUUGCCCUGGGGAACCACUGGGUGGCCGUGCUGCUCGUGACCCUGGCUGCCAUGAGCCUGACCCUGACUCUUGUGCUCAUUUUCGAGAGACACCAGAGGAAGGCCAACGCCAACACGGAUCUGAGGCUGGCGGCUGCCAACGGAGCCCUCCUGAGACACCGGGUGCUGUUGGGGGUGACAGACACGGUGGAAGGCUGCCAGAGUGUGAUUCAGCUCUGGUUUGUCUACUUCGACCUGGAGACCUGUGUGCAGUUUUUGUCCGACCAUGUUCGAGAAAUGAAGACGAGCCAAGAGUCCUUGCUGAGAAGCAGAUUGAGCCAGCUGUGUGUUGUCACGGAGACUGGGGUGAGCCCCACGGUGGCCGAGGGGCCGGAGAACCUGCUGGAGGAAGCUCCUCUCCUGCCCAGCAGUCCUCGUCCCACGGAGAGGCCACUCAUGCAGACCGAGCUGCGCCAGCUUAUUCCUGAGGCUGAGCCGGAGGUAACAGGCACCUGGGCCAGUCAGGCCCCCUCCUCUCCCACCAGCUGUUUGCAUAGAGUCCGUGUGGGGCUCUCAAGUUCUAGAUUCCUGGGGACAUGCCUUUACUGGGUUGGUAGGGACCAUACACGUCCUCUAGCCUACUAGUUUUCAAUAUUCUUUUCCUCACCCCAGCACUUUAAAAGAUAGCUUAGAGGAAUCAUUUUAUACUUAUUGGGUGCCCCCGCACCCCAUUUAAAAAAAAUCUUGGUGUUCUUUGGUGUAGUUCUGUUGGAUAUGUAGUUGCAUAUUGAUGGAUCAUAGCCUACCUAACCAUGAACAUGUUGAUGAAUAUUUAGGUCAUUUAAAAAUCUAUCAAUCAAUCUAUCAUCUCUCCAUCCAUCUCCUUAAAUUGCAGUUGGAUAUUUAAAUCUUGUAUGCAUCUCUGUUGAAUUCCAUUUCCUCCUGCUCCAGAGUUCUGUUGGGUCCUGCUACCCAAGCUGUCUCUUGGGUAUGGUCAAGAGCUGGUAGACCAGAAGUCUGGUAAUGUGGUUUGCGGCUUGUGCAACCCUCUUCUCACCAUGAGGACAGACCCACUGUCUGGGAGACAUGCAGCGAGGGGCGACCUCCAGCAGGGUGUGAUACAGCAGAGCACUUGCAUUUUCUUUUUAGCCAAUAGAUUUGGGGAUUAAAGGUCCAAACCAGCCCAGACUUUCCCUUUUGCAUGGAUGGGGAGUGGGGGGACCUGCAAAUAGGACCAUUGUGAGAGAAAAUGAUAAAUAUAUUAAUCUCUUCAAAGAGCUGAAAAAUUGAUAAGAUCCCUUUCUUUCUUGUGCAUGCACGUCUGGGUUUAUGUGAAAUAGCUUAUUAACUCUGAUGGGU